AAUAUCAACAUUUCUAAUUUCUAAGCCACUCACCACUCAAGUAGAGAGUUAACGAAGAUACUGUAACAGCUUCCUCUCUCAGCAUUCAUGGCAAAACCUUCCAUAUUCUUCUGAAACAGAACCGAAAAAAACAAAGAAUUCUAUGAUGGCGUCUAUAUCUACAUGCUUCACCGUAUGUCCAAAAUCUCGAUUUCGAUACUUGCAGUCGAAUUUCACUUCAAAACCCUUAUUUCGACUUAAACCGCCUGAUUCUUUUAUCAGAAUCAAACCACUUCCUUAUUCGGUAAUUCCACCCAGAGUUGCUAAACCUAGGGUUCCUGUGGCAGCCGUUAGGGCAAGCAUUGAUUUGACGACCGGAAUUAGACCUGGAGGUGUGGUAGAGAGCGAUAAAUUGCCUGCGGAUGUGAGGAAGCGAACGAUGGAAGCUGUUGAUAGUUGUGGAGGAAGGGUUACGAUAGGAGAUGUAGCGAGCAAGGCUGGGCUUAAGUUAAACGAAGCUCAAAAGGCUCUUCAGGCUCUUGCUGCUGAUACCAAUGGCUUUUUGGAGGUUUCGGACGAAGGUGAUGUGCUUUAUGUUUUUCCUAAAGAUUAUCGGUCAAAGUUAGCAGCAAAGUCAUUUAGGAUGAAAGUUGAACCUUUGGUUGAUAAGGCAAAGGCAGGUGCUGAAUAUCUUAUUAGAGUUUCCUUUGGGACAGCACUGAUUGCUUCAAUAGUUCUUGUUUACACAACAAUAAUUGCUCUCCUUUCAAGUAGAAGUGAUGAAGACAAUCGUGGAAGACGUGGAGGCAGAUCAUAUGAUUCGGGAUUCACCUUUUACUUUAAUCCUACAGAUCUAUUUUGGUACUGGGAUCCAUAUUACUAUAGGAGGCGCCGAGUACAAACAGAUGAUGAUGAGAAGAUGAACUUCAUUGAAUCUGUCUUCUCAUUUGUAUUUGGCGAUGGUGAUCCUAAUCAAGGAAUUGAAGAAGAAAGGUGGAAGUUGAUUGGGCAAUACAUUUCCUCAAACGGAGGAGUUGUCACAGCUGAAGAACUUGCACCAUAUCUUGAUUUACAAAAUACUGAGCAAACUGUGAAUGAUGAAUCAUACAUCUUACCAGUUCUUCUACGCUUUGAUGGUCAGCCAGAAAUUGAUGAAGAGGGCAAUAUUCUGUAUCGAUUUCCUUCACUUCAACGUACAGCUUCUUCUCAGAGGAGUAGGAGGAAGGAAUAUGUAGGCAAGAGAUGGGCAGAUUGGAUUGGGCUUGAGAAGUAUUUCAGGGAGAAAAAAUGGCAAUUCAGCAAGACCGGUGCAUCGGAGAGAGCAAUGGUCAUCGGAUUGGGUGGACUUAACCUGUUUGGAGUCAUUAUUCUCGGAGCCAUGUUAAAGGACCUUGCUGUUACACCGAGUGGAUUAAUUCAAUUUGUUACUGGCAUAUUUCCUCUACUCCAGAUAUAUGCUGGUUCUUUCUUUGCUAUUCCUUUGGUCCGCUGGUUCCUUGUGAACAAGAGGAAUGCUGAAAUAGAGAAGAGAAACCGAGCAAGGGAACAAUUUGCACGAAGACUUGAACUGCCUGAUCCUUCACUAAGGCAGAAGCUUCUUAGUGCUCGGGAUAUGGCCCAAAAGACAGUCAUAGGGCAGGAUCGCAUUGUCUACAGUACUGACAGGGACAUAAUUGAGCAAGAUGUUGAAGCCCAAGAAUGGGAUAGGAGAUUCCGAGAGAUUGAGAAGUCAGAGUAAGAGGCUAUUGUUGGAGUUGAACUUGUGUAUUCUUCUUAGGGAACAUCUGAGGGCUACUUUCUUGCACAGCAUAUUAAAGACCAGUUGGAAGCCGUUGGUUCACCAUUUCUGAAACUUGCUGUGGUUGGGAAUUUUGUCUCGGAAAUGGAGCAGGGACAAGCAACGACUUGUACAGUUACACUUGAUUACAAAAUUGAUGAGCAUCAAAGAGUUAAUUAUAUGUUUGAAUUUAAUUCUUACAAACUCUCAUUAUAGGCUGCUUUCCAUUAUGUCCCGCUAAAUUCGACAUGGAAAAUUUCUUGUAAUUACUGGCUUAUUUAUGUUCAAUAUCAUUUGGGAUUAUAUUGACCUUAUAAAAUUAACGUAUGUAAGGAAAUAAUUUUUCUCCCAUUAA